AUGUUCAAGCAACUCAUCCCGCGCGCCACCGCGCGCAGCAGCGCACUCCGGAGUAUACAGCACCCAUCACACGUUUCCCGCCUCUCGCCUUCGACCUCGCUGUUACAGGACCGGAUAGUGCAGAGGAGAGGAUACGCCACGCCUGCUGAGGAGAAGGACCUGGUCAUCAUUGGUGGCGGCGUGGCCGGAUACGUCGCUGCGAUCAAGGCUGGACAGGAGGGUCUAAAGGUGGCGUGCAUCGAGAAACGCGGCUCCCUCGGCGGUACCUGUCUGAACGUCGGCUGCAUUCCUAGCAAAUCGCUGCUCGAGAACUCGCGCAUAUACCACCAGAUCCAGCACGAUGUCAAGAACCGAGGCAUCGAUGUCGGCGACGUCAAGCUCAACCUCACGCAGAUGAUGAAGGCGAAGGACACAUCUGUCAGCGGCUUAACAAAGGGCAUUGAAUUCCUGUUCAAGAAGAACAAUGUGGAGUACAUCAAGGGUGCUGGCAGAUUCGAGGACCAGAACACAGUGGCAGUGGAUCUUACGGACGGUGGCAACUCGGUUGUGCGAGGGAAAAACAUCUUGAUUGCCACUGGUUCAGAAGCAACGCCAUUCCCUGGCUUGGAGAUCGACGAGAAGAAGGUCGUCACAUCUAACGGUGCCAUCGCAUUGACGGAGGUGCCGAAGAAGAUGAUUGUCAUUGGUGGGGGUAUUAUCGGCCUGGAGAUGGGUUCAGUCUGGUCAAGAUUGGGAUCUGAAGUCACGGUGGUGGAAUUCUUGGGCGCCAUUGGCGGCCCAGGCAUGGACGCCGAAAUCGCGAAGAGCAUUCAGAAGACGCUCGCCAAACAGGGCAUGAAGUUCAUGCUCAACACAAAGGUCACCAACGGCGAUGCAUCCGGUGAAGGUGUGAAGAUUGACGUAGAGGCCGCAAAGGGUGGCAAGGCGCAGACGCUUGACGCAGACGUCGUGCUCUGCGCGAUCGGUCGCCGCCCGUACACCCAAGGCCUUGGUCUUGAUAAGAUUGGCUUGGAGACCGACAGCAAGGGCCGCAUCGUCAUCGACUCCGAAUACCGCACCAAGAUCCCUCACAUCCGUGUCAUCGGCGACUGCACAUUCGGCCCUAUGCUCGCGCACAAGGCUGAGGAGGAGGCUGUUGCCGCAGUGGAGUACCUCACCAAGAGCUACGGCCACGUGAACUACAACGCCAUCCCCGCAGUCAUGUACACUCAUCCUGAGGUCGCAUGGGUCGGCCAGAACGAGCAAGAGCUCAAGGAGGAGGGCGUGAAGUACAAGGUCGGCUCAUUCCCGUUCACCGCGAACAGCCGAGCGAAGACCAACCUCGACACCGAGGGCAUGGUCAAGUUCUUGGCAGACGCAGAGACCGACCGCAUCUUGGGCGUGCACAUCAUUGGACCUAACGCAGGCGAGAUGAUUGCGGAGGGCACGCUCGCGCUCGAGUAUGGUGCAAGCACAGAGGACGUUGGACGAACGAGCCACGCCCAUCCAACGCUAAGUGAAGCGUUCAAGGAGGCGGCGAUGAGCACUUAUGCCAAGGCUAUCCAUUACUAG